UCCUGCCGAUAUCCAUCAGGUUCAUAAAAAGGCUUCCUAUCGCCGAGCUGGAAAGUAAUCUUUAAACGGCGCAUUUAUUAACGGUGGUAAACUGUGCCAUCAAAAGCUCUGCCAUUUAACACAGAUGCCCUUCCAUCCAAUCUUUUCCGCUUAUUCAGUUCAGGGCCACCGGGGUCCUGAAUCCUAUCCCAGCCGCCAGGGGACUGUGGGUUAUGAUAAGUAAAAAGAACUUCGUGUGUUUAAUUCAAAUUAAAGUGUGUAAAGACGGCGGGGAAGCAGAUCCGGGUUCUCUGAUGUGGUUGAAAUCCAGAAGAUGGCAGUAAUGCAACUUCACUGAUGGUUGCUGCCCCAAGCGAAACAAAAGAGAAAAGCUCAAAGAAGAAGAAGAGCCAACUGAUGGAGGAGUGCAGCAACUCUGCAGGAGGAGUCGCUUAAUAAUUAAUUUGGACUUUUACGCCAUGCCAAGAACUUUUUACAAGUUUUAAGACUCUCUUGUGUGCAAGUGAAGGGCUGAAGGGAGAAACACACACCAGCAUGCACGCCGCUGUGGCUUUAGUUGGUCGGAUUACUGCUGGGAGGCUUAACGGAAAACCAUUUUAAAUUUUGGGGUUCAGUUCAGUUUUUUAGUGCAUCUCUAUGUGUGUUUGCACCUGAAAUGUUUUGCAGAUUGCACAGGAGUGUGCUGAGACAGGCUCAGCUUCUGCGUGGUGUCAGCAGGAGCACGGCUUUGCCACGGAGGGCUUGUGCUACUUUCCGCACACACGAGGAGUGUCUUGAACUGCACUAUGGAGGGACGCAGAUGCAUUUUAACUAUGUGUGGCUAAGAGAUCACUGCCUCUCUCCUGCUUCGUACAACUCCAAAACUAACCAGAGGAACCUGGACACUGGGAGCAUAGAUCUGACUAUACGUCCCGAAAGCACACGAGUGGAAGAAGACCACCUUGUUAUCACCUGGCCUGGUGGUCACAUGUCCAGGUACAGUCUCAGUUGGCUUGCUGAGAACAGCUUUGAGAGAAAGUACCAGAGUACAGAACAGCCGCGCAUCCUUUGGAAUUCAGACGUCUAUAAAAAUGCAAACAUAACCUCAUCCAAAUGGGACACGUUCAUGAGCUGUGAUGACGAGCUAAAGAAAUUUCUUCAAAAUUAUCUUCUGUACGGGAUCGCGUUUGUAGACGAUGUCCCAACCACAGUGGAAGCCACAGAGGCAGUAACCCAGAGGGUCAGUCUAAUCAGGGAGACUACCUAUGGCAGAAUGUGGUGCUUCACUUCAGAUUUUUCCAGGGGAGAUACUGCCUACAGCCAGUUGGCCCUGGACCGUCACACGGACACCUCCUACUUUCAGGAACCGUGUGGAAUCCAGGUUUUCCACUGUCUCAAGCAUAAGGGAACCGGGGGAAGGACGCUGCUUGUUGAUGGGUUCUACGCUGCAGAAAAAUUACGUCAGAGCUCACCUGAAAGCUUUGAGCUGCUUGCUCAGGUGCCCGUCAAGCACGAUUACAUCGAAAAUACCGACAGGCACCAAAACCACAUCACAGGCAUCGGCCCCCUGCUCAACGUGUAUCCUUGGAACAAUGAAAUGUAUCUUAUACGAUACAACAACUACGAUCGAUCUGUGCUAAACACAAUCCCCCAUGACGUGGUUCAGCGCUGGUACGCAGCGCAUCGAGAGCUGACCACAGAGCUGAGGAGGCCAGAGAACGAGCUAUGGGUGAAGCUGACUCCGGGAAAAGUUGUUUUCAUAGACAACUGGCGAGUCUUACACGGGAGGGAGUCUUUCACUGGCUCGAGGCAGCUCUGUGGAUGCUAUCUGACCAGAGAUGACGUCCUCAGUGCUGCCCGCUGCUUCGGGCUCCAGGCCUGAACGUGAAGUUUUCUUCACUUGACUGCCUUAUCACUCUGCCCACAACACAGGUUUAAUUAACACUGCACCAAUACUGCUGGAGCAUGUUUUAUUUGCUCUUCUGUAUUUUUUAAUUAACAUUUGAUUUUUUUUUUUAAACAGUUUAUGUGAAGUUAGAGUGUGAAUGUGUCCCGAAUUUUACUUGAAACAAUGAAAUGUCUAAAUCCUCAAAUGGCUUCCAGUUAUUAAACUGUGUCGUGAUGUGUUGUGCGUUCAGUGUUACUUCUACUUCCAUGUGCUGAUCCUGUUUUUAUCACACAGCAUAUCCUCGACACUCUCACAAUACUCAGUAAACACAGCCUCUGACACUCAUGUGACAAAUCUUGAGGCACUCUGGUGAUUCAGAAAUGUUUUAUUUAAUCAUGAUCUGUAAAGUUUGCAUGUGAUACAAAACAAAUUGAUGGUGUAACUGUUUUACAUUUAUUACUUCUGUUACUACUGAAAAAAAAAAAAGGUUAUUUAAAAAAAAAGUUUAAAACACAGGUUAUGAUAAAAAUCAGAAAAAAAGACAAAACAAAAUCACAGACUGAGCUGGUUGUGCACAUUAAAGUGGUGCGACCUCAGUGUUAGGAACUUAGCAUAUUGAUCAUUCAUAGUGUUACGAGUUCAAAUAUUGAGGGUGAGCACAAAAACAACAAUUGGUCCAGGAGAGUUGGUCAAACAAUGAACACACGCGUGGGGAGAUGAACACUGCACGCAGACAGCAUCGAUCUCCGCCCAAUAAUACACAAACAGUUGUUUUAUAACAUCAGGGUAUUAUUUAUGACGCCCCCUCAUGCGUCAAAGCAGAUACAAUACAUGCAUAAGUUUCAAAACCACAAAUGUUCUGUUGACGACUUUUGACACAUUUAAAAGGACAUCUUCUCCGUCUCAAGACCAGGUGCUUCCUAUUAAUCUUCUAGCUCUCGCUUAUCUCCUGGAACAAACUGUCCCUUAGGCAAACACAAUUUUGCAGUCACAAGCUUUUGCAAACGAUUAUUUGAACUCUUACCUAAACACGAGUCUAACUACUGUU